AUGUUCAAAGAAUGUGGCCAGGCGUACACGGGUAUGAAGAUGUCGAAUACGUUGCUUGAGAUGAAAGAUUGGGGCGUCCGUACUACAGAAAAGACCAAAAACCUUAUCCGAGACCCGGGGUUAUUCGCUACGAUCGAUUUCUUUGGCAAGAUCGUCCCUGGUGAACACCUCUCAGGUGAAGACUUCCUCCUCGCUAGUGCCGAGGCUAGCCGCCAGGCUAACAGUCCUUCCGAGCCCAAGGAUAUCCAGGAUUAA